UCAGCUGGUGAUCGUUUUUUUCCCUCACCUGCCUACGGCAAAGUGUAAGAAGACUAAAUGAUUCCAUUUUGUAGGACCUGAAGACGGUAAGCUCUGUCGCUGAAGUGAUCCAUUGCUUUUCCUGCGGGAGAUGGGUCGGGCAACGCGGUGGCUGUGGAAUCUGUGGGGUGGUAGCGAGAAGAAAAAGGAGCCGAAAAGUUACUCCAGUCACGGCGGCGAGGAGAGGAUGGAGAAGAAAAGAUGGAGCUUUCGGAGGUCCAGGGACUCCUCCGGUGACGUGGUGCUGGGCCAGAAUGCUGCCACGGCGGCCGCGAUUGAAGCCGCAUGGUUCAAGUCCUUCUACGCUGUGAACGAGAGGGAGCAGAGCAAGCACGCCAUUGCUGUGGCGGCGGCCACGGCCAACGCAGCGGUUGCAGCGGCGCAGGCAGCCAUGGUGGCGGCGCGUCUCACCACGCCGGGGAGGGGCGCCACGUUCAGCUUCUCCAAGGAGGAGUUGGCGGCGGUGAAGAUCCAAACAGCAUUCAGAGGCCACUUGGCGAGGAUAGCACUCCGAACUCUGAAAGCGUUGGUCAAACUGCAAGCCUUGGUGAGAGGUUAUCUUGUUCGUAAGCAAGCCGCCGCGACUCUUCACAGCAUGCAAGCUCUCGUCAGAGCUCAGGCCACCGCACGAGCACAAAGAUACGGGAACCUCCUCCCGGACGAUAGAAGCUUUCGACCAGAAGUCCGCCAUCGGAGAUCUUUAGUACGUAACGAACGUCUCCACAAGUUGAUGGUGCUUGAACUAAGCUUCCAUUUCUCUUUCGUUUCAUCACAGGAACGCUUCAUCGACGCCCGAAUCGAGCACACGCCGGCGUUUCAAAGACGGAGCUUCUCGACGAGUCUUGGCGGUGCUACUCCCGACAGAAGCCCAAAAACCGUGGAGAUCGAUGUGUGCGGCCCGAGGUCGCGAUCUUCUUGUCGAGCCAUUCCCUCUGCUGUGGAUCCAGCGGAUCAUUUCUCUUCUCCAAUUCCCUGCCCGGUUCCAGCACGAGUCUCUAUUCCCAGCCGCCGGAACUCCCAAGAGAACGACUGGUGUAUCAGUGGCGAGAAGUGCCGGAUCUCGGCCACAGCACAGGGAACGCCCAGAUACACGAACUCGCCUGGUAAGGUGGGCGUGACUCAGGCCAAGAGUGUGUACGAUGCUGAGGGAGUUUACAGGCGAUACGUGAGCGAAUCGAGCUCUCCAAACUAUAUGGCGAACACGCAGUCAUCGAAGGCGAAGCGGAGGGCUCAAAGUGCUCCGAAACACCCGCCGGAGGUGGCAGGGAUGAGAAAGAGGCAACCUCUGGGUGACCUAAGCAACUCCUGUUUCCAAGCUCAGGUGGUUCUCAACCUCAACAAAGCGGAGCAGGGAAAAGUGGAAGGGAGGGAGGUCUUCUUCUUGCAGCCAAAGUGGUGAAUGCAAUGGAGUCUUCGAGUCAGAAUAAGAGGAAGUCGAGAAAUCUUCUCUCUUUUGAGUGUCGUUCUCCUGUUCAUGGAAUAAUUGUAUGGUGUGAAAAUUUGGGAUGUUUCAUCACCUUGGUUGCUGAU